AUGCCCAGGCAAAACUCUCACCUCUCGUGGAGAGCGGUGGCCAUUGGCCUCGCCGCGAGUGCGCUUAUGUACUGCAUCUAUCGCGGAGUUUUGAAAGAGCUUCCGGAAAGCCUCAACAGGGUCACAAGCUUUAGUUUGUUCGACAAUGCUUUUGUUCUCGGAUCUUCCAUUGCCACAUUGCCGACCGUUGUCUUGUACGAAAGAGUCAACCACAGAAACUUGCUCCUCGGCAGUGUCAUUCUAUACCGUGCCGCUUCUGCGUUUUGCAAAAUGGCACCCAACGUGAAUGCUCUCAUCGCCGGCCGGUUCCUUGCGGGAGCGAGUGCAGUUAGCGUUUUCCAUGGGUACCCCUUCCUAUUCCCCGCCAUAAACGUAUGA